AUGGAUUAAUAUAUUUUGCGAACAGGCACAGAUGUCGUGGGCUCACCGAAAUUAAGAGAAAACAGCUAUGACAAAAGCAAACAUAGACUUCAUAAUAUGAAGCAAUAAAUUAUGGAAAACUAUAAGUAACAGUUAAGCAAGAUGCUUAAGAAACAGCUAACUAAUAGCUUUGAAAGAAGCGUCUUAAGCUCUUAAUAAAGAUUAAUGGAUUCUUAGAAUACUUAAACACCUGAGAGAAUCAAAACAGGUUAGGGCAGUAGAUUCCUAAAUUUAAGAGCAUCAAGAGAUAGCAAAUAGAAAAAAAACGAAAGUGUUAAUUAGUCGUAACAUAUGUAUCAAACAUUCUAAAUAAUAAGAGAUAAUAAAUCCUCAAAUAAAUAGCAAGGGUUUUUAUCAAGCAAUAGACCAGAAACUAUAGAAACCAUUAAUCCAAGAAUCAUGAGCCCUGCUUUUGGUGGUAAUUUAGCUUAGUUCAAUACAAACAGCAGUUGGAAUACCUUAAAUAAAUUUAAUUCAGGAAACCAAACUUAAAGACCAAUGAGCAAUAUAUCAAAUAAUCGGUAAGGUUUAAUGUUUCAAAGUACCCAUCAAGCAGCAGAAGAAGACUUAAGUUUCAUAUAGAUGGCUAAUUAAUCAGGAAGAUACAAAUUUUAAAGUGCUAGAAAAGCUAGAUAAAUAACAAAUAAAAACUUUAAUCACUUUUCAUCUAUCCAUGACUAGCAAUCAAUUCUGAUGAGCACAUCAAAUUUAUAGGAUGUUAAACUAAAGCAAGGUCUAACUUAGAGAACUUAGGAGACUAACGAAGAACUUCAAUAAUAUCUAGAAAAGUUGCAAAUGGCAGAGAUCAAUAGUGGGAAUUAUCCAAAAAAUUUAGAUUAAAUAGAUUCUACUGAGAAUAUACACUAAAAUCUCAUGGUUGGAAGACCUAUUGAAGUAGAGGUUAUUGAAGAGUAACCUGCUUAUUGCAGGAUUAAUCCAAAAGGUUAUAAAAGUCCAGCUAUUUUUCAUAUAGACUACAGAGGAGAGACAGCUAAACGGCAGGUUAAGGAUGUUAAGAUUUAUGCAAGCACUAUUCAUAGAGAACCCAGUGAUGCUCAUUGUGAAAAACAAUUUGCAAAUGAAGUUAUUGAUGACUAUAUUGGAGGAGGCAGAAAGAAGAUUGUCACAAUCAGAGAGUUAUAAAUAAAUGAAGAAGGAAAAGAGGUUGAAGUUGAGGUUAUACAUGAUUUAAGAGACAUUGAAGAAAAUUUUGACUAACUUUUAAAAGACCACGAUAAAAGCAUGAGACGAAUUUAACCAUAGGACUUUGUCAAUAAGAAUAAAAUUUUGAUGAAAAAAUGGAAUGAAAUUAAAGAUAGAAAAUUGAAAGCAAUAAAAGGCUAGAUAUCUACUCAUUGUAACUAAGUCUCUGUAAAGAAGUCAAGACUUGAGGAAUAUGAGAGAAAAAAGAAGUAUUUUCUGUUGCACAAAUGGGAGAUUAUCAAAGUCAAAAAAUAGGAAAUGAUAGAAGUUCAAAUGAAAAAAAUAUAGAGGCUUACUCGUUCAAGUGAACUUGCCAAGAUGAUACUGAUUAGCAAAAUCAUCAAGGAAAUUUACUAAGUAUUUAAUUAAAAUAGAGAGAAAAAAAGAUUUGAAGAGAAAAGAGUGUUAAUGCAAAAAAGAAUAGGAAAGUUCUAUAAGAGAGUCAUCUUAAGAAAAGGAGUAAAUGUGUCUGAAAGAAACUCAAAUAUAUUGAGGCAAAAAGCGUCAAUGAAAUCAAGAAUAGAAUUCCUAAAAGAGUACUGGGAAAAGGAAAAAAUCAGUCUUACUAAAUAUUUUGUUGCAAAUAAAAAGAAUGCUAAAAAGUUGAAGCCUUAUCUUACAAAACUAGCUAUAAUGAAUGAAUAAAUUAGGGAUGUAUUCGUUGAAAAUUACAUGAUUUAUGCAAUGACUCAGUUUUCAAUUAGGUUUAUAAUUUGGAGAACUCAAAAAUUAAGAUUCAUGCAAGUAUAAAACAUUGAAGAUAAGACAAAUGAAUUAAACCGUUUAUAAAAGCUAUUGAAAGUAAAAACAGCACUUUUAUUUGAUGAAUUAGACCCCUUUUUAGAAGAAAUGAAGGUGUCUUAUAUAUAAAGCUUACUCGCAACAACUUUGCUCUAGAGUCAUAAUGGUAUUUCACCAUUGAUUACACCUACUCUAAAGCAUAUUAUCUCAAGAGAUCACAAAGCAUUAUCUAUGAAUGCAGAUGUAAGAGCAAACUUGAGCAAUUUUGGAUAAGAUAGCUCAACUAAAGGCUCCAAGAGUAAAAAAUAAAUGAAUUUCCUUUAGGCAAUUAUUUAGAAAGAUGCUAUUGAUCCUGGCCAUUCUCCAGCAUUUCUUUUCUUGCCCUAGAAGAAAUAAUUGAUAAUAAUGAUUUUGAAAGCGCUAAAUUAUAAUAGUGCGGAUGAAAUAGUUUGA